CAAAGUCAAAGGAAUUUGUUAGAAAGGCGUUGGUGUGGGGGUGUUUUCGUAAUUUGAGGUGGGAAGCCAUGGGUGGAGCAUAAGAGAGAAUGUCAGAGUUCAGAAACGAUCAACAAUUUCUCCUCUGAAACUGUCAGCAACACACCAAACCAACCCCCCUAAAAAAAAAAACUAAGUCCAAAACCAAAACAACAAAACCCAUUCCAACAAUGCCCAUAACAUCAUCAUCUUCACCUUCUAACUCUCACACCUUCCAUCAUCCAUGGCUGCCACAUUCUCUCCAUCAAUGAAUCUCCAUUCUCAUUCUCUUCUCUCCUUUCUCAUCAUAAUUCUCUCUGCAAUUCCUCUCUGUUUCUCUCAGCCGCAAAACAUCCAGACUUUCUACCCCUUCGCCCUGCCUCCGCUCCGGCCGCCGCCUAUUCCAACUACUCCAACUACACCCGUUCAACCGCCGUCGCCGCCGCCGUUACUGCCGCCGUCUCCUCCUCCUCCUCCACCGCCAUUGCUGUCUCCGCAGCCAUCGUCGACGAGGAAGGCGGUCGGAACUGCGAUCGGAGCUACCGCGGCAGGUGUACUGGUGCUAUCGGGGAUUUUCUUCGUAAUUUUCGUUAGGUAUUCGCGGAGUAGGAAGGAGAGAGGCGGUGGAACUGCUGUAACUAAUCCUUAUGCUGAUCCUUACCCUAAUGGAGGUAGGGAUGGAGGUGAUCGAGACGAGUUUUCGAGGUUUGGAGGGAAGGUGAAGGGAGUGAUUGUUGAUGAGGAAGGAUUGGAUGUGCUUUACUGGAGAAAACUGGAGAGUGGAGAUGCGAAGGAGAGCUUCAAACGGCAGGUUUUCAGCAAUAAUGGCGAAAAAGUGGAAGAGAAAAGGAUGAUUAGGAGAGGGAGUAGUAAGAAGAAAAGUGUUGGAACGCCGAUUCAUGAAAUUCCUCUGCUUAGAGGCAAAUCUUCAACCUCUCACGAUCCUGCUUGGAAUAAUAUCGCACCUAAUUCUGCUACAAUGGAGAAUCAACACUCUCUAAUCCAACGAGAAUCGCGUUCUCCGCCUUUGCCUCCAUCUCCUCCUCCUCCUCCACCGCCGCCAUUGCCUCUUCAGGCAAUUUCAAGUGCUCCACCUCCACCUCCGCCUCCGCCUCCUCCGCCUCCUCCGCCGCCACCGGUAGCUCCGCCAUUGUCUGUUCAGGCGAUUCCUAGUGCUGCUCGGCCUCCACCGCCGCCGCCGCCUCUUCUGGCGGUUGAAAAGAAGAGUGCUCCGCCGCCUCCACCGCCAGCGCCAUUUAAAAGUCAAAAGCCGCCUCCACCGCUACCGCCUAAAGGAAUCCCAGCUGAUAAGCCCUCAUCGGAACAAGGCACUUCAGGAAACGGAAAGGAACAGGUGAAAUUGAAGCCUCUGCAUUGGGAUAAAGUGAAUGCUAAUGCUGAUCAUUCCAUGGUUUGGAAGAAAAUCGAAGGCGGUUCCUUCAAGUUUGAUGGAGAUCUUAUGGAAGCCCUAUUUGGAUCUGUUGCUGUAAACCGGAAAUCACCUCAAAGAGACAGAAGUUCCUCAGGUCAAAAAGGGGAGAUAUCAGCAGGGCCAAGCCCUCAGAUCUUCAUUCUUGACACCAGGAAAUCACAGAACAUAGCAAUUGUGCUCAAGUCUCUUGGAGUUCCCAGGAGAGAGAUUAUGGAUGCACUCAAUGAGGGGCAAGGCUUAAGUGCAGAAACUCUGGAGAAGCUCUGCAGAGUUUCCCCAACUAGAGAGGAAGAAUCAGACAUCCUUAACUUUGCAGGAGACCCGACAAGGCUAGCCGACGCUGAAUCCUUCCUCUUCUACAUCCUAAAAGCCAUCCCAUCCGCCUUCACUCGUUUCAACGCCAUGCUUUUCCGAUCAAACUAUGGCCCGGAGAUCCUCCAACUCAAUGAGUCUUUACAGACCCUGGAACUGGCUAGCAAUGAGCUUAGAGGCCAAAGACUCUUCAUGAAACUACUCGAGGCCAUUCUGAAAGCCGGGAACAGAAUGAAUGCAGGGACCUCGAGAGGAGAUGCUCAAGCGUUUAACCUCACCGCUCUCAGGAAGCUCUCGGAUGUGAAGAGUAUUGAUGGAAAAACGACAUUGCUCCACUUCGUUGUCCAGGAAGUAAUCAGGGCAGAGGGGAGACGUUGUGUGCUCACUCGUAACCACAGUUUAAGCAGAAGCGGUAGCCAAAUCAGCAGCAUUGCAAGCUCAGAUUACGACCAAGAGAAAGAAUACAUUAUUCUUGGAUUACCUAUCGUUGGUGGCCUGAGUUCCGAGUUCUCCAAUGUGAAAAAGGCUGCUGCAAUAGAUUACGAUGCCCUUUCUAAAACAAGUUUGACGCUAUCAUCUCAAGUAUCUGAAAUCAGGAAACUCGUGGCACAAUGUGGUGCUGCUCGAGGAGGAUUUGCAACAGAGAUGACAGAUUUUCUUGACAGUGCCGAAGGAGAGAUAAAGGGAGCAAGGGAGCAAGAAAUAAGAGUGAUGGAGCUUGUGAAGAGGACAACAGAUUACUACCAAGUAGGAGCUUCAAACAAUAAAACAUGGCAGCCGCUUCAACUGUUCGUGAUCAUCAGUGAUUUUCUGGGAAUGGUUGAUCGGGCGUGUGUUGAAAUUGCAAGAAACCUGCAGAAAAAGAAUCCCGAAUGGCCUGGUGCAGGAUCAUCAUCAUCAUCAACAACGGAAUCACCUGCUGCAAGAACAGUCAGAUUCCCCAAAUUGCCGGCUAAUUUCUUGUCAGAACAAUCAAAGAGCAACCCCAUUGAUUCUACUGAAGGUUCAUAACUGUGUAAUUGUGUAAAUAGAUAGGAAAGGCUAGAAUUUGAAGCCCACAAAGAUUUGUUUAUGUAAACAUUAACCAUUGCAUUUAUUACAUUCUUUCUAAAACA